UUUGCCGUUUUCUCUUUCAUUUUGUUAUAGUAUGAUAAGAUAUUUUGAUGGAUUAACUGAAAUUAAACCAUUAAACCGAAUGGAUAAUAUUUGUGUGUUGCUAACUUUAUUUCUUAUUUUACCAACAAUCGCAGAGGCAAAGUGCAGUAAAGAAAAUGACGUAAACAGAUUUGGUGAUAACUGCGGAUUUAUGUGCCAUUGCAAGGACAAUGAAGAGUGUGACGCAAUUACCGGUGAAUGUUCAUCUGGAUGUGCAAGUGGAUGGUAUGGACCCGGGUGUCAGUACAGGGAUAUCUUAGAGAACAAGUAUUCAAACUUCCCAGAUGCCAAUAUUACUGACGGUGAUCCAAACACAUGUUUCCAGCUAGUUAAAACUAGUACAACAAAAAAUCUGUCAUGGAGUGUGCGAUUACCUUCUAACGAAACAAUCAAUGAAAUACAACUUGUUACAACUGCUAAAUCUUUAGCUUAUUUCAAAAUCUUUGAAGGUUUUGUAGGAUAUAGUCCAUCUACAGGAAACGAUGAUGUCGUUAAUCAGCAAAGGUGUUUUAGACAAGGAGUUGGUAUUCCAAUAUCAGCAACGUUUACGGUUUUAUGUGAUAAUCCUGUCAUUGGAAAUUAUGUGAAAAUUGUGUUUGCAGAAUUGCCAAACGAACUUGAACUUUGUGAUGUGAAAAUAAACGGAGGUAGAAAUUUAGCGUUUAAUCGGGCAGUUUCACAAGUAUCAAAGACCAAAAUUUGUGGUUCUACAUACUGCAAUGCUUCAGAGUCUGUCGACGGACAGACAAGAGAAUCUAAUCAGUGGCAUUGUAGUUAUACAGCAAAUGAAACAAAUCCGUGGUUGAAAGUGGAUAUUGGUUAUCAAAUAAAAAUAUGGAGCGUUCAGAUAAUAUCUUUUAUAGAUGAGGAUCAUAAGAACUUACCAUAUACCGUGAACAUAACAAAUGAUACUAAUGACACAAGCACCUACAACACAAACGAACUUUCAACUAAUACACAAACUGUUGCAUUAGAUUUGAUUGGCAGGUUUGUGACGCUAUCAAUAAACGGGGAAAUUAAAUUAGCAGUCUGUGAAGUUUCUGUUUUUGGAGAUUGUCCAGAAAAAAAGUGUGGGUACAAUUGCGAGAAAGAAUGUCAUUGUGAGAACGCAACAAUCUGGGAGAAAAUUUCUGGAAAUUGUUCAAUCAGUUGCAACAAAACGGACAAAGAUGAUCAAUGUAAUACAAAUACAGUUUGCGACGAUGGUUAUUAUGGUAAGGACUGUUCUAAGAAGUGUAGCAAACAUUGUAAACUUGGGAAGAAAUCCUGCGAUAGGGUCAACGGACACUGUAAAGAGGGUUGCGAAAAUGGAUGGAUGAAACCUUUGUGUACGCAAGAAUGUCCACCUGGGAAGUAUGGUGCAGAAUGUAAGAAGAAUUGUUCCUCAGCUUGCGAGCAGGGUGAUUGUAAUCAUGUCGAUGGCAAAUGCCUUAACGGAUGCGAGCCUGGUUACCAAGGAAAGAGGUGUAAAAAGGGUUGUGAUAAGGGUUAUUAUGGUCAAAACUGUUCUAAAACAUGCAGCAACCAUUGUAAACAUGGGAAUACAUACUGCAAUGCAGUAAAUGGAACUUGUAUAGAUGGAUGCAGACGUGGAUGGAAGGAACCAUUGUGUGAAACAUGUGAUGCUGGUUUCUAUGGUCGGGACUGUAAGAAAACGUGUAGUGUGAAUUGUGAGAGUGGAAACACAAACUGUGAUCCUACUACCGGACGUUGUAAAAAGGGUUGUAAACCUGGUUGGAUUGAACCGCAGUGUACCCGAGAUUGCGAUGAAGGAUAUUAUGGUGAGAACUGUUCUAAGAAGUGCAACGGCCAUUGUAAAAACGGAUAUUGCAACAAUGUUAACGGACACUGCACAUAUGGAUGCAUGGAUGGGUGGAAAACACCGUUGUGUGACCAAGCAUGCUCCAGUGGAUGGUACGGACAACGUUGUGCGUACACUUGUAGUCAACGUUGUGAUAAACAAGAAUGUAACAAUACUGAUGGGCGGUGUACAAGUGGCUGCAUACCAGGAUGGACAGGAGAGACUUGUGCAAAACGUUGCGAUGAAGGUUAUUAUGGUGAGAACUGUUCUAAGAAGUGCAGUGGCCAUUGUAAAGACGGAUAUUGCAUCAAUGUUAACGGACGCUGCACAUAUGGAUGCAUGGAUGGAUGGAAAACACCGUUGUGUGAUCAAGCAUGCUCCAGUGGAAUGUUAUGGGCACACAGAUGUAAAACGUACAAAUUAAGCUACAUUUAUAACUAUUUCUUUGUAAUGAUAGAGUGCCUAGCUGAAAAAUAUGGUGUAGGUUGUAAGGAGAAUUGUUCAGUAAAUUGCAAAACUGGUAUUUGCAAUCAUGUCAACGGCAAUUGUAGUGAAGGAUGCAACCCCGGUUAUCAAGGAAAUAAGUGUGAAGAAAAAUGUAAUAACGGUUACUAUGGUGAUAAUUGCACCUAUCAAUGCAGUGGUCAUUGUAAAGAGGGUGACAUAAUAUGUAGACAUACAGAUGGAGAAUGUUUGAAUGGUUGCCAGGCAGGGUGGAAUGGUAAAAAAUGUGAUUCACAAUGUUUGCCUGGGAAGUUUGGUAUUGGAUGUAAGGAGAGUUGUCCUUCAAAUUGUAAACAUGAUGUCUGUGGGUAUGUUGAUGGCGAUUGUGAUGAAGGGUGCAAGCUAGGUUUUCAAGGAAAGAAGUGUAAAGAAAACUGUACUAGCGGUACCUUUGGCGAUAACUGCAGCACGAAAUGCAGUGAUUACUGUGAAGGCGGGGAUAAGAUGUGCAGACCUACAGAUGGAAAUUGUCUAAAUGGUUGCAAGGCAGGCUGGAAUGGAACAGACUGUUUCUCAAAAUGUGACAAUGGGUUUUACGGUAAACACUGCGCGUUGGUGUGUGGUAACUGCUUACCUGGAAAAGGUUGCAACCAUGUUAAUGGCACUUGUCAUGGAGGAUGCCAAACAGGUUACAGCGGCGCCACCUGUUUACAAGCAAUGCAAACGUCGAAUAUUUCGAGUUCGAUUGUGGCAGGGGGAGUAGCGGUUCUUGUCAUCUUAAUUGUAAUAAUUAUUGUAGUUAUUGCUUUCGUUUGGCAUAAGCAACGCAAUCAGAAUAAAAGAAAAGAUAAACAAAGAGAAGACGUGGAGCUCAGAGACGCUGUUGCGACUGCUAGCAAUGAAAAUAGAAGGCCAUCUCACGGUGGAAAUACGCAAUCAAAUACAGCAGAUGACAGUGGAAUUCCGGCAGCAGCAGCGGAUGCGAACAUUUACAACAACUUCCCGAUGCAAAGUCCCAGCAGAAAUGCCAUUCCACUUUCAAAUCUUCUAUCAUACGUCAAAGAAAAUCUGGCCAAUCCUUACCACUUUGCAACAGAAUUUCAGGAUAUACCUUAUGGAAUGAAAAAGUCGUCUGCUGUUGCCAAGAAAUCGUUUAACCGUGAAAAGAACAGAUACAAGGAUAUGCACGCAUAUGAUGAAACACGUGUUAAGCUGAAAAAACUGCCAAACAUACAGGGAUCAGAUUAUAUCAAUGCGAGUUUCAUCAAGGGACAUCACAAAGAAUAUGCCUACAUAGCGGCACAAGGUCCCAUUGACUCGAGCAUGGACGAUUUUUGGAGAAUGAUCUGGGAGAAAGAUGUAUAUACCAUUGCCAUGGUAACAAACCUGGUUGAGCUAGAAAAGACAAAAUGCCAGCAGUAUUGGCCGGCUGUCGAAACCAGUACACGCUAUGGUAACGUUUUUGUUAACACGGCAUCGGAAAUUAUCUACUAUGACUUUACAAUUCGGAACUUCAAUGUAUCAUUUGAGGGAGAACCACAACGAAAUAUUCGUCAGUUUCAUUUUACAUCCUGGCCGGAUAAAAGUGUUCCAAAGAGACCGUCAAGUUUGAUUCAGUUCUGGCGAAAAGUACGGAAGAACGACGAAAACAAAGACCACACAUGGCUUGUCCACUGCAGUGCUGGUGUUGGUCGAACUGGUACUUUCAUUGCCCUAGACAUUUUGUAUGACCAAGGAAAAGACAAAGGAUCUAUUGAUGUGUAUCAAUGUGUAAAAGACUUACGUGACCAACGAGUGAAUAUGGUUCAAACAAAGGUAAUAGUUAUAUCUCGUUGUCAUAUUUUAUUAAUUGUUUUAAUACGCAUUGAAUGUACCCAUUCAUUUGACCGCCGGCCGAUUGCUGCGCAUUAUCUUCAACGAACAUGA